AUGCAUAUGAAUGUAGUUUCAAUUUGGGCAAUCCUGAAAUCAGAAUCAAUGAAUUAUGAACCAAUUAUGACAAACAAUGACAUUCGUGUAUUUGAUGGAGGAACCAAAGUUUCUUCUAAAGGAACUGAUCUCUUCCCAAAGUCUAGAAUGUCAAGAAGAACAAGCAAGAGAGUGAGUUUCAGUCCUGACGUCAAUGAAAGGCCAACCAUCUUUCUGAAACAUGGGGGCAGUGGCAGAACAAGAGGUAACAGAAGACAGGUCGUUGCUGGGAUUUUUACGUUUAGGCUUGUCAAAAGCUCAUUUUCACCAGCAAGAUUGUUGAGGCGUCUUGGAGCUAAAGUUGCAACAGCUGUGCAGUUUGUAUCCAUUCGAAGGAAAUCUUCACAUAAGGUUUCUUCUUCCAAUCUACCAAGGUCACGAUCACUGGCUGAAUCUAUUGACUAUCAUCGUGCUGAAGCCAUAGAAGAUUGCAUCGAGUUCUUGAACUCUUCUUCAUCUUUGUCAAGAUCAAACUCGGUUUCUACAUGUUCUUGCUAG